UGCACACACCUGCCUGCUUUGGCUGCACACAUUUGUAGCCUCAUUACCGCCGAGCGUACCGAGUGGCAGAGAGCACCUUUUCCCCGGCUGGAUUUUGGGAGCCACACACACUGUCUCACCUCAGUCUGCAGAGCACAGUCGCAGAAUGAAGUCGGCCUGCCUCCUCCUGCUCCUGGUGUCGGCCUGCUGGGCGCUGCCCUUCCGCCAGUCGGGAUUCCUGGACUUCAUGAUGGAGGACGAGGUGGGGUCGGGGGUGCCUGACGCGAUGGCGCCCAUGCCGCCCAUGCCCCCGGACAUGCCCGUCUGCCCCUUCAGGUGCCAGUGCCACCUGCGUGUGAUACAGUGCUCCGACCUCGGUCUGAAAUCUGUUCCUGAUAAAAUCCCUUCGGACACGACGCUCCUGGACCUGCAGAACAACAAGAUCACCGAGAUCAAAGAGAACGACUUCAAAGUGCUGAAGGGCCUGCAUGCCCUCAUUCUGGUGAACAACAAGAUCUCAAUCAUCCACGCCAAGGCCUUCAUGCCCCUGGCCAAGCUGCAGAGGCUGUACCUGUCCAAGAACCAGCUGAAGGACAUGCCCAACAACAUGCCCAAGAGCCUGCAAGAGCUGCGCAUCCACGAGAACCAGAUCAGCAAGAUCAAGAAGGCCUCCUUCGAGGGCCUGCUCAACGUCAUCGUCAUGGAGCUGGGCUCCAACCCGCUGAAGAGCUCCGGGAUCGACGACGGCGCGUUCGCGGACCUGAGGCGCGUCUCCUACAUCCGGAUCGCCGACACCAACCUCACGGAGAUCCCCAAAGGCCUUCCCAGCUCUCUGUCCGAGCUCCACCUGGACAGCAACAAGAUCACCAAGGUGCAGGCUGAGAGACUGCUGGGCCUCAAGCACCUCGCUAAGCUGGGUCUGAGUGACAAUGAGAUCAGCCUCGUGGAGAACGGCACCAUGGCCAACGUGCCCCACCUGCGUGAGCUGCACCUGGACAACAACGUGCUGACCACCGUGCCCCCGGGCCUGCCCGACCACAAGUACAUACAGGUGGUCUAUCUCCAUAACAACAAGAUCGCCACGGUGGGGACGGAGGACUUCUGCCCGCCCGGGUUCAACACCAAGAAGGCCAUGUACUCAGGGAUCAGCCUGUUCAGCAACCCCGUGCCCUACUGGGAGGUGCAGCCCAUCACCUUCCGCUGCGUCUUCGACCGCUCCGCCAUCCAGCUCGGAAACUACCGGAAGAAGUAGACCCCCCCCCCCCCCAACCCCCUGCCCCUUUACCCCCCUCCCCCCCCCUCCCCACAGACCAGACCACGACUCUGUAUCACUGUGUGCCUCCGCCCCCCUGACCUAGUUGUGUGUACUAAACAAAACAACCCACUGCAAUAACAGCCACAUCAUAUGCCCCCAACACUGCAAUAAACGGACAAGUUACACACCAAACACAGCGAGGCACCAACCAUCAGAUCUGGACCUUGAAUCCAAAUCCGGCCCUGGUUUUCUCUACUCCCGGGUAAUUAGCUGAACAAUUAGUGCUACUGAUUGGCCAGGCUGUCUUCACACCUGACUCCCAGGUAAAGGGAGGGUGGGAAACCACUUCUCGGACCUCGAGGACCGUGAUUUGAUGACAGGAAGGAAUCCAGAACCCAGUCCGUACCGUACACACUCCAGACAGCAGUGAAACCAGAACCAUACUUCAUACAGCAAUAAAACCAUAAACAGAACCAGGUCAGACACGCUCCAUACAGUCAGGAAUGAGCACAGUGAUAGCCCAUCCACAGGAGAAAACAGUCCAUAUCCGAGGCACACACCUAUCCUAACCCUCCCUUCAUAGGAAUAAUGAUCGAGCAGAACCCAGAACCACAAGUCCAUUCAACCACGUCUUCCAAAAAUACAUGAUGCAGAGUUUAUGACGGAGGUGUGAGAUUAUGAAAAAAGGUUUAUUGUAAAGAUUUUCAAAGGCAAAUGCAAAUAAAUAAAUAAAAUUAUGACCACUUGAGAAAAAUAAUAAUAAUGAUAAUAUGAGAAAAACACAUUUCAGCCUUUAAGAGCACACACAGCUACUGAAAGUCCUUCAGCCACACUGACUCUCCUGGACCCAGGCCACCACGUCACCGGUGUGCCGAGAGACAGAGACAGCUGCCCUGCAGAGCAGGGAGCCGAGACUUAGCUUCAGCCCGACCAACACCGCCAAGCACAGGAACCACAGAAUGUACCGGAAUAUUAGUGUGUAGCGCUAGAGUUCAGAGUGCCCCGCUGCCGCGGAGCGGCGUGUACCCUGAAGUGUGCCACGUCCUUCUCAUAUAGUAGUCAAGUGAAGUAGAUUAAAAACGAAGCUUUUAUUGUCACGGUUCACUAUCUUUUCGCUUCCCUAGCCGCUGCUUGCGCAGAAUAACCACCGCACUUGUAACAUACAGUCAGAAGAAGAAAACGUUCGGCUCGUGCGCCGUCCUAUAAGCUAUAGAAUAAACAGUGUAUAUGUUUUCACACAGACUUCUCACACAGAUCUGUCCGCAUGCAGUUAUUGGGAUUUUUUUUUUCAUCAGCAGGUUGACAUUUGUGCAUUUUUUUUUCUUCUUUUUUUUUUGGUUUGAGUCUUUUUGUGAAAGAAAGAGCAAGUGACAGGGGGUGGUGUGAAUGUUUGAUGUAUAGACGCUGUACAUAGGAGCUGUAUAAAAACUCUGGCUUUGCCUUAAACUCUCGCUGCUCUCUCCUCCAUGGGCUCUGCCCCGGGGAGGUCCUCAACCAUAUAAAAAUCUAAUAAACGAUAAAAAAAAAAAAAAA